CCGGGUUCCCUCCUCCCCCUCACUGAAAUGCAGCUGCGCCAUCCACCCUCCUUUGUCUGCUGAGGAAGAGUGCGACGACUUGCAGCGGAGAAGACGCCGGUGGGCCCUUUACUAACUACACUGUUUUCCUUGUUGUUGCAUUUUCGUUUUAAAGGGGAGAAGCUUGACGAACUGAGCAGAGCUUCGUUCGCGCGUUAUGAGCCAAACGAAUGCUAAUAAGAGCAACAUAGAGCCCGCCGUAGAGUCAAGCCCAGCAGAGAAUAAGAUCAAAAUGGAAGACACCAAGUACCUCCCGGAGCUCCUGGCGGAAAAGGAUAGCCUGGAUUCAUCGUUCACGCAUGCAAUGAAACUCAUAUCUGCAGAGAUUGAGAGGAUCCAGAAAGGUGAAACCAAGAAAGAGCCUGAGAAGGAAACAUACCUGGACCUGUUUGCGACCAAGAAUCUGAAGCUCAAGGAGCGUGUCCUCAUUCCCACCAAGCAGUACCCUAGGGUCAACUUUGUGGGAAAGCUUUUGGGACCUCAGGGUAGCACAAUCAAGAGGCUGCAAGAGGACACCGGAGCAAAGAUUUCAGUUCUGGGUAAAGGUUCCAUGAGGGACAAGAACAAGGAGGAAGAAUUUAGAAAGGGGGGUGAGGCUAAAUAUGCUCACCUCGCCAUGGAACUGCAUGUGUUCAUCGAGGUGACGGCACCCAUACCAGAAGCGUACCUGCGCAUGGCUCACGCCAUGGAGGAGGUGAAGAAGUUCCUUAUCCCGGAACCUGGUGAGCACGAUCCAUACAUGGAUCCACUGUUCCUGAAUGGAUCCCAGGAUGGUUCGAGGGGGCGAGGUGGUCCUCUAGGAAGGGGCAGAGGUGGACCACCUGGUGCUGGAGGACCAAGGGGCCGAGGAAUGCCACGUGGGGCUCCUCGGGGAGCGAUGCGCGGUGGGGCUCCACGCGGAGCACCGGGGCGAGGUGGUGCACCAAGAGGUGCUCCGUCUGGUCGGGGUGGACCUCCUUCUGCUCCUACUAGAGGAGGCUCUGCUCCUCGCUCCAGACCGCCUGCAGCAGGGGCUCCCAGGAUGCUCCCCUCGGCAGCCUUGUCUCACCAGCAACACCAGGUUCCACCUUCAGCAACAGGGUCAAAGCCUGAUGCUUAUGAGGAUUAUCCUGCAUAUGAUGACUCUUAUGCAGAGCCGGCAUAUGAGGGAUAUGAUAAUUAUUAUAGCCAGCCUUCUGCCCCUGCGGAUACAGAGUAUUAUGAUUAUGGACACGGUGAAGCCCAGGAUCCAUCAUAUGAGGCCGGUUAUGCUCAAGAUGAUUGGGACAACUCGUGGUCCGGUGCCGGGGCUGGAGGCAAGGCCCCUCCAUCUAGGCAGGCGAAGGGAUCGUACAGAGAGCAUCCUUACCCAAGAUACUGAACAACUACUGGUAGAGAGUUGCAGUGGCAACUGUCUCCGAUUGUAACUCACACUUGACUUUACAAAAGUAAUUUCCCUCUCGUUUCCCUUGUUAAUGGUUUUAUUUAAAACAUUCUUUUCUCUUUUUAUUUUUAAAACCUAGGACAUUUUGUUGGAUGUAUCCUAGUGCCAGAGGAGCAACAUUUUUCUCCCUAUUGUUUAUGUUUGAGUUGCGUAGUUAAGGUCUUAGUGACAUAAACAGAACCAACAAAAUGACUUUUUUAGUUUCGUUUUUUUGUUAGAUAUUUGAUGGUAAAUAUUUUUGUUCCUGCACAAACUGUGAUUGUGGCGAUUAAAAUUUUCUCACAUAGGCUGCAUUUGUUUUGUAAAAAAAAGUCCUUCAUGACUGGACAAAUUAUUCAUAAUGACUCCAUUUGUAAAUUUAUAAUAACUUAAACAGAUUUAGUUGCAAACUCAAAUAGAACCAUUUUGAUUAAAACGGUCUUAUUUGUUUAUAUUGCAUUACAAAUCUAGUUAUGUGACUUUACUCCCAAAGAGCAAAUAAACAAAAUAUAACUGUAGAAAUCCAUUUGACAAAGAAUAAAGGCCUUUAUUUUCUGCACCCUUUUACAAUUGGUAUUUUAUGAAAAGUCGCUCUAUUACUUGCAAAAUCAUCGCUGAUCGACUAAUUCUUGUAAAGCUUGAAGGAUUAAUAACUUACUGUGUACGUAAGACUACAGCCAACUCGGUCUUUUUUUGUAUAUAACCUUAGAAAAACUGUGUAUGCUUAAGUCGUGCCGUCUCCAAAAUGCUUAAUGCUUGUGUACCUUUUGACUAAAUAGGUAACUAAACACAUCCCCAAAAAAAACAAUGUCUUUCUGCAGUGCGUGUUUCAAUAAAGUUUCUAGUUUCUUUUUAAUCAACCUAAACAUGGUAUUUUUGCCUUUGUUGUACCAAAGGAUUAUCUCCAGUUUGUGAAAAUGGUCCUCAGUGGUUUUCAACAAUGCUGAAUAAGCUGUAUGUAUACACGUCAACUUUGAUUUUUAAAAUUCCAAAGCAGUGUUUGGUUUUUUGUUUUGGGUUUGGUUUUUUCUACAAGAAGUCUAUCCUCUUCGCCUGUCUUCAAAAUUUUAUCUAAAUGCCACUUGUAAUGACACCUUAAAAAAAAAAAAAAAAAAAAAGGGGGGGGGGGGAAA